AUGCUUGCACGCGCUGUGGUGGCUUUUGUUACCUUGCGGAAUAAGUUUUCAAAAAAACGAAAACAUAAAGAUCAAAAAGGCGCCGAAGAAGUUGAAGGAAAAGACAAUCACGAAAAAACGAAUAUUUUGCCAAUGGAGAGUGAUUCAAGGUCAAUUCCUUUUGCUAGUAGUUCGCAAUCUGAAAUUCCAAAAGCUACCAAUCCCGUUAAGAUAAAAAAUGAUGAUGCCAGCAUGAACAAAGAUGAAAUUGAGCCUGUCAUUGAUUCCUCCUCCAAAAAAAACCUCGCCAUUUCCUCCUCUCCCAAAGAUAAACACUCUUUAGAUCAAAACAAUUCCUCGGAUAGAAGCAUUGACAAUGAAAAUGAAAAUGGGUUGCCGAAUACAUUAUCAAUUGAGCCUACCUCUAUAUCACUAGAAUCGAAAGCUUCGAAUAUAUCGAUAGAAGAUUCCGUUGGGGUGCUCAACCAACCCUUUCACGUUGAACCGGCUGAAAUAGAGCCUAAAAAGCCAAAGGCAAAAUCUGAUUUGAAAAUUGUAACUAGUUCGAAUUUCGCUUCUAAAAGCGAUUCUAAUAUUGCUAACAUGCAAAAAAAUACGUCUUCUGGACCUAAUGCGGGAUUUUCUUUAAAUUCUUCACCAAGAAAUUCAAUAAUUUUAGAAAAGCAACCUUUAGCAACGCCAGUGCCUAUUGAGCUGUCUACAUCUAAUUCACUCACAUACACCGCCGAUAUGUCGUCAUCAGCCCGACGCAUUUUAGCUCAUCAGCAAAGAAGAAAGAGCUUGGUUAAUGAGGUUGUAGUUAGCAGUAUUGUAACAUCGGAGCCAGUUCUUACCGGGAACCAGAGUAAAGAUGCGAAUAGUACCCCAGCUCUUACCUUAGGGGAAACACAAGCCACAAUUAAACAAGUUAAUGAUCCUCAAACUCGGAAACUUAGAAGACAAUCUACUUCGUAUCCAGCCCUUGAUAAAACUUCUCUAAGUGACAGUAUUUAUAUUGAUAAAGCUCUUGCGGAGGGUAUUUCACUUACUAAAGUAUCAGCAAAGAAGCAGCGUUCGCGUACUUUUAGAAUUGAUGUCGACCAAGGACGUAUUCUGUGGGAUUCAAAAAAAUCUGGCAAAGUCAACAUUGAAAACAUCAAAGAGCUUCGUGUUGGAGAAGCGGCACGAUAUUAUAGAGAGCAUUUUAAUUUGAGUUCAGAGGUUGAACCUAAAUGGGUAACAAUAAUCUAUGUUGAUUCUGGCAAAUAUAAGACACUUCAUCUUAUCGCUCCUUCGUUAGAAACAUCCCGCUUAUGGGUAAAAACAUUGGAGAAAUUAUAUCAACAUAGAAAAGAUAUGAUGGGUGGUCUUGGACAUAUGCGAAGGAGGCAAUCACUUUGGCUUAGACAAUAUUGGAAACAAGCAGAUAAAGAUGGAAAUUCUAAGUUGGCAGUUGAUGAAGUUGUGAGAUUGUGUCAUCAGUUGAACAUCAAUUUGUCAAAAAACUUGUUGAAACAAAAAUUUGACGAAGCGGAUGAAGGAAAACGUGGUGAAUUAGAAUUUGCAGACUUUCAACGAUUCGUUAAAUUAAUAAAACGCAGACAAGAACUGGAGGAGCUUUUUGAAUCAUUGGCUAAAACCAACCAAGAUAUCAAUUUGGCCGAAGAAGAUUAUGGUUAUGUAUAUCAAAAAUUUCUUGAUAAUGAUCGAAAAGCUAUGACACUUGAAGGGUUUACCAGUUUCUUGAUGUCGAGUGAUAAUCCAGUUUUCUGUUCGGAGCACUCAAAACUUUUCCAAGAUAUGACACAACCUUUAAGCCAUUAUUUUAUUGAUUCUUCACAUAAUACAUAUUUAUUGGGAUACCAAUUGAAAGGAGAAUCUUCAAUUGAGGGGUACAUUCGUGUAUUACAACGUGGUUGUCGUUGCGUAGAAAUUGAUUGCUGGGAUGGAACUGACGGACCUAUUGUAACGCAUGGGCAUACCUUAACAUCAAAAAUCUCAUUUCAAGAUACAAUAUCUGCUAUCCGUUCUUAUGCAUUCAAAGCUUCGCCAUACCCCCUUAUUCUUUCUCUAGAGAUUCAUUGUUCUCUUGAACAACAGACUAAAAUGGCCCAAAUCCUACGUGAGACGUUGGGAGGUUUUCUUGUUACAGAAGCUUUAUCUGAACAUGAAAAAGCAUUGCCAAGUCCAGCAGAUUUGUUGUAUAAAAUUCUUAUAAAGGGAAAGAAUAUCCCUCAUGACAACGCCGAAGAGGGUUCCACCACGGAUACUGAAUCGGCUACUGACACCGAAUCAGAAGCGGAAUCAUCAAAAGAAACUCCGCAUCACCCAAAAAAGAAGGUUAAAAAUAAAACUAAACCGCGAGUUUCUAAAGAAUUGUCGGAUCUUGUUAUUUAUUGCUCAGCAGUAAAAUUCAAAGGAUUCGAACAUCAUCAUGAGAAAUCAAACUUUCGUCAGAUGUCUUCUUUUUCUGAAAGAGCUUCCGUACGAUUGGGAAAAGCAGAAAGAAACGCUUUUAUCCGUCAUAAUAUUCGUCAGUUAUCACGUAUAUAUCCAGCAGGAACACGCAUUAAAUCUUCAAAUUACGAACCUCAUCAUCAUUGGAUGUUUGGAAAUCAAUUAGUGGCAUUGAAUUGGCAGAAAUUUGACGUUGGUAUGCAAAUGAAUCAGGCGAUGUUUGCUGUUAAUGGAAGAUGUGGAUAUGUUCUGAAACCAAAGAGCUUGAGAGAUCCUCCUCCAAUUAACUCUUCCGAAUCUUCUUUAACUCAUAUUUCUACAAGACAUCUGAAAAUUGAGCAGCUUCCAAGACCUCGAGAUCAAACAAAAGGAGAUAUAGUUGAUCCAUUUGUUGAACUUGAAUUGUUUGUUCCUGGUGCGGAAGUCCAGAAAUUUAAAACAAAAACAAUACCUAACAAUGGAUUUAAUCCAAUAUGGAAAGAAACCUUUACUUUUCAUAUUAACUGUGAAGAAUUAGCCCUAGCAUUCUUAAGAUUCAGUGUGUAUGAUGAAGACGUGCGUAAUAAUGAAUUUAUUGCUUCUUACUGUAUCUCCGUGGCUAGUUUACAACCUGGUUAUCGACACGUCCAACUCAAUGAUGGAAAUGGUGAACAGUACUUAUUCACCUCGUUAUUUAUUCGUUCUACAUUUAUACUUCCGGAAAACAAUAUAUAA